CCGAUUCUGCAGUUUAGUUCGAUAACCUUCCGAACCGAAGUGUGUUCUGGGAGUAAAUCUCUAACGCGCUUCCGUCUUGGUGGUCAUGUGAUUAUGUUCAAGAUGGCGUUGCCCAGGGAGCGGUGGUCGCUGUGGCUGUCGACUGCCUUCCUGUGUCCUUAUUUGUUAAAUGUUCUUUCUGUUGAUGUCGAAAAAUGCGAGGAACUGCGACUUGGGCAAUAUAUCUGUGAUGCUCCCAAGAUAAGUGAUAUAACACAAGAGCCAGAAAACUGCACAAAUAAUACUACCUUUGUUCCUUGUAUGCCAGCACCUAACAUCACCUGCAGAAAUUAUAGUGGCAUUGUGAGCACUUUCAGUGGAAAGGAAAUUGGUUUCUAUAAGCCUUUUCCAUGUCGUAAUGUGACUGGUUAUUCUUAUAAGGUGGCAGUGGCUCUUUCCUUAUUUCUUGGAUGGCUGGGAGCAGACAGAUUCUACUUGGGGUAUCCAGCUUUGGGUUUGUUGAAAUUUUGUACAGUUGGAUUUUGUGGAAUUGGCAGCCUCAUUGACUUUGUUCUCAUUUCUGUUCAGAUUGUUGGACCUGCAGAUGGCUCGAAUUACAUUAUAGAUUACUAUGGAGCAAGACUUACCAGAUUAUCAAUAGACAAUGAUACGUAUAGAAAGAGACAAACAGAUAUGUGAUCCUGACUGAUUUAGUUCUGAUAUCAGGACCAUGUGCACCUGCAUCAUGAUACCGGCUCAGAGGCAGACAGUUCCAUGGAGUUUCCAUUUGUGAGACAGACUACUGUGGAAGCAUGUCCACCAGUGACCUUGCCAGAGGGAGAGACGCUGGCAGAGGGGUCGAGGUCCCCUGAGGAGGAUGGACAUUCUCACGCAGACUCACAGACCCCUCUCAUGCCCCCAAAACCAGACCCACCCAAAACACCCUCACCAGCUGUGCCUGCUGGGUCACUGGGGAUAGUGCACAGAACACAGCGCACUCGUAAACCUCCUGACAGGCUGAAUCUUUGAUAGGACAGUUUUUUUUGGUUGUUAGAUUGAAUGUUGAAUCUGUCACGUUUUCCAGAUGUUUUGUAUUGGUAAACUGUUGCUGAGAUACUAGUGUAAGUUUUCAGGGAUGCACAAGUUAAUAACACCACUGUUUUUAUUUCCUAGUCUUUUACAUUUGGGGAAUGUUGGAUUUUAAAGGGGGAGAACUGUUGUAAUGUGAGCAUUAUUAAAAGUAAGUUAAUACUAAAUUACGAUAAUGGGGGAGUGGGGUACUUCCGUUCUUUUUACUUCCGGUGUGCACUGUAUCUAGUUUCUCUGCCAUGCUGUACGAGUGAGUGAAAGCCUCUGUAUAUGUAUAUCAGUUUUGCCAUUCUGGAUGAAGUCGUUCUUUUGGGCAUGAAAUUGUCAAGUGGUCCUUUCCAAAGUAGAAGUUACCACAGUGUCAGAAACAUCAACCUAGUUCAAAGCUAUUCUUCAGAGGAACAGAUCUAUCUGGUCUGACCUAUGUGACUUGGGUUCACCCCGUCAGCUCUUACAGAUACCUUCAAGCCUUCUCGUCACCAUCUUCUCAAGUAACAAUUAGGGAGGCAUAAUAGUGCCCCCAGCAAUGUUCCCAAUCCAGAAGAACAAAUGAAUAGAAAAGAAUAUGUGGAACACAUCUGUGCUGGUAGCAACAUACAGCACUUCUUAGUACUCAUGCCUGUCAGAAAACUGGAAAGAAUAAUUUGUUACAUCACACCUAAUCUAAUCAUUUCUAAAGUUCAUUCAAAACCACCCAUUAACUCAUUUGUAAACAGACAAUUCUAAAUAGCCUAUUAAAUUAUGAACUGAAAAGGAAGUAUAAACUGUAUUUAUGUAGGCCUUUCAUUCCUCUGGCACAUCCCAAAUGCUUUGCAGCAAAUGUUAGAGCCGUCAUAUAGGAAGCAUAGCACACAAUUUGAGUAUAGUGAGAUAUUAUGAGUGACAAGGGAAUUGGUUGAUUUUUCUUGGGUAAAAAAUGCAAAUGGAUCCUUGGCAUUCUAUUGGGAGGGCAAAUGAGGCUUUGGUUUAAUAUCCCUUCUGAAAGGCUACUGCAGUGCAGCAAUUCUUUAAUAAUACUCUGUAGUCAGACUUGAAUCUUUAACCUAUCAAUGUUGAGAAUUUUGACACUGAGAAUCAUGUCCCUCAUCUAAUAUUGGUUGUUUAAAAUUAAGACUUGGAUCAUUUUUUUGCUAUGCAUCACAUGUGUUAUUUACUUACAGUAAGUCGAUUUCUAAUUUUUUAUACAACUAGAAUGUAAGCUAAAGUGCUUUUUGCAUAAAACGUCUCGCUUUCCCCAAGCCCUCUCCCCAACCAAUCAGAUUUUUUCCCCUUUAUUUAAAAUGGAUCCUACUGAGAGAAAAAAAAUCACAUAUAUUCAAACCAAAACAAAAAUCAAAAUAGUCUGCUUCCAAAAUGGACACUAUUAAAUGAGCACAAUUUUGGCACUAAUCUUAUUGCUGAAAACAUAACUAUGAAGCUAUGUAUUGAUGAUUGGCGCUGGGACUGGCCAAGGUGCUAGCCUUAGUAUCUAGGAAGCUGAAGCAAACCCAGCCUCCCUCAGGUUUGAAAUUGCACACUUUUUCUUAAUUUCAGUUUUCUUAAGGAUUAGAAAAAAACUUAAGGUUUUGAAGUACCAAUCUUGGGAAUUAUUGGUGGCAUGUCUAUGUUUAAUAAAUUUGUCAUUUAGCCUUAUUUUGGAUUGCUCUAUUUGGGGAUGCAGGGGGAAAAUAUGAUUCAAAAUUUUAUCUUGCUGUUAGAUAGUAAAUUAGCAGACAAGCUGGAGAGAAAGAGAAAUGUCCACAUUGCAAAAGAUUAUUAAAAUUCUUAGUGAGUUUUUCAAAACUUGAAAUUGUGAUGAUAACAGAUUCCAUGGCAACUUAUGAAAUGUAAUUGGACAUGAAUUAAAAGGAAGCUAUCUUCAGGGUAAUAGAGAGAAAAAUGUAUAUUUGAGGCAUAAUUGAAAAGCCCUGUCAAAGAUCUAGCACUUGUAGGGCUAGCUGCAUGGUUUCCUUCAAUGUUCAAAGUUUCUGAUUUGAAAUUUUUCUUCAGCAAUCCUAGUUGUCUUCCUUUUCUCUUCUCUAAUUAUGAUUAAUGAAGAAAAACUCAACCCCGGUUUGAGAAACUGUUGAAUCUGUGUAUGAGGAUUGUCAUUGCUCAUAUUUCCAUACAAUUCAGGGGAAGGAAAGUUCGCCUACAGACUUCUUCCAUGAACAUGUCCGUUAAGUGAUAUUCAGAU